UUCAGGAUAUGCCAUGACUUUUGUGUUAGUUUAGUUUUCUUUCCUAAACACUUUAAAUACAUUAAAUCAUACACACCACAUACUUUCAAACUUAAAACUUAUUUAAACUCAAAAAAAAAGUAAUAUAAUUUAAAAAAAUGUCAGCCGAAGUGGAAGAAAUGUUGAAGCGUUUUCAGAACUUCAAGAACAUCGUAGGGAUCAUGGUGAUCGACAACGAUGGGAUUCCCAUCAAGACGACCAUGGAGUACAACCUCACGCUCCAUUAUGCGGCCGUGAUGCAAACCCUGAGGGAGAAGGCCCAGCAAGUGGUCCUCGACCUGGACGCCACCAACGAGUUCACAUUCCUCCGACUCCGGACACUAAGACACGAGGUGCUGCUCUGUCCAGAAGUGGAUUACUUCAUCGUCGUCCUGCAACUGCCCUGCGAUUAGAUGGGACGCCAAAUGAAGACCUCCAAUCUGCAAAAUCUAAUUUGCUGCAAAAAAUGAAUUACAAUUAAAUUAAAUUUAAGAGCGAUA